AUGGUACGAACACAGGAUGAUGUGAUACGGUCUACUGAUUUGGAUGCUCUUUCGUGCAGAGUGGCAUGUGUUUCCAAAGGCUAUCUCGAGGAUGAGUUCUUGAAACCGAUAGUCUCAGGACUGAUAAAGUUCCAACCAUUAUAUUCGGCUCCAAAUACUCAAUUUGUGGUGACAAGAAACCUUAAGAAACAACUCUUCCAAGCAAAAUUGCCUAUAAUUAGUCGGGGCUCAUAUAUCCGUGUGAAGUCAAUUGAUUGCUUGGUAGAUUCGUUUCUGUCACAACAUGAGGGCACACCAUGUCAAAUCGUGUCGCUUGGAUCCGGUAGCGAGACCAGACCGUUUAAGUUGCUACCGAAAUAUCCUGAAUUGAACUAUGUUGAGAUUGACUUUGCAAAGAGUGUCAAAGUAAAGAAAUACUCGAUUUUGGCCGAUGCAGUGCUGAGAUCGAGACUCGGAGUGGAAGCUGCGGAGACCAUACCUUCCACCUACGACGAGUUUGCCGUGGCUUCUCCCGAUUUACACACAGAAAAUUAUCAUUUGUUCUCCUUGGACUUGAGAUCCAUUGAUAGGACGUGCUCAAAACAGACUUUGGAGGACAAUGGAGUGAAGUUUGACGUUCCCACUUUAAUACUGUCCGAGUGCGUUCUGUGCUACCUAGAGCCCGAGGACUCCAACCGAGUGCUAAGUUUUUUCUUACGCGAAAUACCCGAUGGCUCUGUGAUAGUAUAUGAACCAAUGGGAGGGGAAGGAGAUGACAAUGGUAAGAUGUUUGGUAAAGUUAUGGAAGCCAAUCUUGCAACGAGAAACAUCAGUCUUCCCAGUCUAUUCACAUUUGGUACACUGGCUAGACAAUCGAGCAGGUUUGAAAGAUUGGGCAUAAAGAAAGUUAAAUGCUUAAACAUGGAGACAAUAUUUGACAACUGGAUCAGCCCCGAGACAAUGAGGAGGAUUUCGAGACUAGAACUGCUUGACGAGACGGAAGAGUGGAAACUAUUGAGUGAGCAUUAUUGCCUUUGCUACUGUACCUGGGGGAGUUUCGCGAUUGAUAAGAAAAUAAGCAUGUAG